GGCACGCACUCCGGCUUUGCUGGCGGAGAAGAUGGCGGCUCCUGGACCGGGGGAGUAUUUCAGCGUCGGGAGCCAUGUCUCCUGCCUCACCUGCUUGGGCCAGCGUCUGCAGGGGGAGGUGGUGGCCUUCGACUACCAGUCCAAGAUGUUAACCCUGAAAUGUGCUUCUUCCAGCGGCAAGCCCAACCUCAACGACGUCAUCCUGAUCAACCUAGGCUAUGUUUCAGAAGUGGACAUCAUCAAUGACCGCACUGAGACUCCGCCCCCUCUAGCAUCACUGAAUGUUAGCAAGCUUGCCAAUCGAGCGAGGACAGAAAAGGAGGACAAGCUGUCCCAAGCCUAUGCAAUCAGUGCUGGGGUGUCUGUGGAGGGCCAGCAGCUAUUCCAGACUAUUCACAAAACCAUCAAAGACUGCAAAUGGCAGGAGAAGAACAUCAUCGUGAUGGAUGACGUCGUCAUCUCGCCGCCUUACCAGGUGGACAACUGCAAAGGCAAAGAGGGAAGCGCUUUAAGUCAUGUACGCAAAAUAGUGGAGAAACAUUUUCGAGACGUGGAAAGCCAGAAGACGGUGCAGCGUUCACAAGCACAGCAAACACAGAAGGACUCCACUUUAUCUUCUUGAGGCCGCUCCAUCGGGGGAGGGGCGGGCGGGAAGAGGCCACGCCGGCGCUCCCCCUCCCCCCCCGUCGCCGCCGCCGGGUCGGCGAUUCCUCGGCGACUGAGUCUGCGAGGGCGGAGCGCCGAGGUUCCUGGUUCAUGAAGAGCAAAAACACCAUUUAACGAAAAAGACAAAAAAAGCGAAAGAGAGGAAAGAUGAAAUCUUAAAUUAGACUUUAUAAAGAAUAAUUUAAACAUGAAACAUGAAGCCACCAUAGUUUCCUUAACUAACGUGCCCCGCCCCUCCUCCUCGCUUCCUUCCUUCCUUCCUUCAUUCCUUCCUUCCUUCCUCUCCGCCUUCAGUUCCAUUUCAAAAAGAGAAAAACUAGCGCAGUCAGAAAGGCUUGUUAGCUUUAUUUUCUGUCUUUUUUUGUUUUUUGUUUGUUUCUUUCCCUUUUUUUGUUGCCGUGUCCACGUUCUACUGUCUGUAUUUUCUGUAUUUUAAACACAAAUGUGACUUGAAAUGCCACACUUUAAAAAAAAAAAGACAUUUUCUAAAAUAAAAGUAACAAAAAUUCUGACUGUAAACUUCAAGCACUUUUUGAAAGGCCCCCCAUAAUGGUAAAAAAAUAAAUAAAUGUCACUUUCAAAAC